GCCGCGGAGACGCUGGGCUGGGAGCGAGCGGCGCGCCUUGAGCCUCGCGGGCCGCCAUCCCGGAAGUGGAAGGUAGAGCCCUGCGGUCUUCCCAGAUUCUGGGUGCCGGUUCUUAGGAUCUGUCUGCGGGGUGUCUUGACCUCCUGGAGGGACCGGGAGACUUGAGUCGCCUCGCCGGGAAGAGCGAGCAUCUCCCGUGAGCUCUUGCGGCGCAGGGCCGUCUGCUCUGGCUGGAUGACGACCCUAGUUUCGGUGAUGGUCUGAUACUUGGGGGCGCUCACCAUGGCCCAGCGGGCGCUGUGGCUCCUACGUCACGAACCGGGAACUCCACUCGGUGGCACCGUCAGAUUCUCCAGACGAUAUCCUACUGUUGAAAAGAGAGCCAAAAUCUUGAAUGGACUGAGUUAUGUUCCUGUACCUGAAGAUGGUCCCUUUCUUAAGGCAUUACUCUUUCAACUUAGAUUAUUGGAUGAUGAUAAAGACUUCGUGGAAAGGCGUGAUAGCUGUUCAUACAUCAAUAAAUCAUCUAUCUACGGACUUUUAGUAGGAGGUGAAGAACUCUGGCCAGUCAUUGCUUUUCUGAGGAAUGAUAUGAUAUAUGCAAGUGUUCCACUAGUUGAACAAGCUCUGUCCCCUCGCCCAUCUUUAAUUAGUAUUAGUGGAAUUUCACAAGGCUUGGAACUGCUUUUUGGGAUACAGGAUUUUCUUUACUCAAGUCAGAAAAAUGACACUGACCUAAACACAAAAUUGAGUCAGUUGCCUGACUUGCUUCUGCAGGCUUGUCCAUUGGGUACUUUAUUGGAUGCUAACUUGCAGAAUUCAUUGGCUAGUAUUAAUUGCUCAUCUGUGACUCAGCCACAAAAACAGCCAGCAUGGAGAGUUGGAACAUACAAAGGAAAACCACAGAUUUCUAUUUCUAUCAGUGAAAAAGUAAAAUGCAUGCAGUAUGGUAAACGAGAUAUAGCAGACACGUGGCAAGUUGUUGGAACAGUCGCUUGCAAGUGUGAUUUGGAAGGAAUCAUGCCAAAUGUUACCAUCAGCUUGAACCUCCCCACCAAUGGCUCUCCACUUCAAGAUAUUAUCGUUCAUCCUUGUGUGACUUCUCUUGAUUCUGCCAUUCUGACUUCCAGUAGCAUUGAUACAAUGGAUGAUUCUGCGUUUAGUGGACCUUAUAAAUUCCCAUUCACUCCACCUUUAGAGUCAUUCAACUUAUGCCACUAUACUUCUCAGGUCCCUGUCCCACCAAUAUUGGGUUCUUAUCACGUGAAAGAAGAAGAUGUACAACUAAAAAUAACAGUUAAUUUAAAACUUCAUGAAAGUGUAAAAAAUAAUUUUGAAAUCUGUGAAGCUCAUAUACCUUUUUACAACAGAGGUCCAAUUACCCAUUUGGAAUACAAAGUUAGUUUUGGCCAACUUGAGGUAUUUCGAGAAAAAAGCUUAUUGGUCUGGAUUAUUGGGCAGAAGUUCCCCAAAUCAAUGGAAAUUAGUCUUUCUGGAACUCUAACUUUUGGAGUCAAGGGCCAUAACAAGCAGCCAUUUGAUCAUAUUUGCAUUGGAAAUACAGCAUAUGUAAAGCUUCAUUUUAGGAUCUCAGAUUAUACACUCACUGGAUGUUAUGCAGAUCAGCAUUCAGUUCAAGUUUUUGCAUCAGGAAAACCAAAAAUAAGUGCAUACCGGAAAUUAAUUUCUUCUGACUAUUACAUCUGGAAUUCUGAAGCACCUGCUCCAGUGACAUAUGCGUCAUUGUUACCAUGAUUUUCUCAUAUUCAAAUGGGAUUUGGAUGAUGGUAACAUUCUGUAGUAUAACCAUAGUAUUUUUAUUUCUUAUGUAUUCAUAUAACCUGUGACUGGAAAAAUCACUGAUUUCUUUAUCCAAACAUUGGUUUGGAAAAAAACUGUUGGUUUUAGUCUGAUACAAUGUGAAAGAAUAUUUUCAAGGCUAAUGUCUCCAUUUUUUUGUUACCCUCUGUCUUCAUGCCAGUAUGACUCAGAACACAGAAAAGUAGUGAUUCAUUAUGAAUUAUGAUCAUUCUUGGGCCUCCAUGCCAUAUGUUCUUUCCUGUCCCUAUGGCAGGCCUCCAGACUCAGUCCCAGUCAGGACAGGGCCAAUUGUGGCAUCCUGUGGGGGCAGACCACACUAGUCGAUCAGAACUCCUUCCUUCGGUAAGAGCUCAACCUUCUCCUGGUACAGUCUCAGGCAGCUGUCCUAUGGUUUGCAGUUGAUUUACAAGGAAAUUAUGUGCUUAUCCAAACCUCAGUACAAACAGCAUGCUUUUACAGAAUACCCAUGAUCUAGUUAAAAUAAUCAUAAAUCCUUUCUUUCAAAGUAGCCACUCUUCACCACAUCUCUCCUACUGGCCAAUAAAAAGCCUGCAUAAUUCUGUUUGAUGUUCUAGAGCUACUUUCUUUCUGAGACUGGGUCUCAUGGAGCCCAGACUGCCUGGGACUCACUG